AUGUUGGCUGUAGUCGAAACUAUUCCACCCCAUCUCAGCGUACCUGGUCAUUUGUAUUCCAACGCCAAGAAGGUGCUCAUGUCUGAACAAUCGAUACCCCAUUCUGGAGGGUCAUACUCGACGGAUGACGACGGCAAUACCAAUCGUGCCUCUGAAGGUCAUACAGGCCCUAUGAACAACGCGCAAAUGCCGAGCCAACAAACACCGUAUUACCAUGAGGGAGGCAUGGUAAUGCCAUAUCCACCCAACAACAACAACAAUGGAGGAGGAGGAGGAGGAGCAGGAUAUCCACCAUCUUAUCCACCAAGAAAUGCAGCACCACCACCAUUGCCACCUCGUGAUCCUCGGGAUGAUCAACGUUGGUUAUCUUUCCCACAAGGAGGAGGAGGAGGAGGAAUGCCAAUGCCUGCUCCUCAAAUGUAUCCACCACCAUCAUCUCAAAUGCCAUAUCCACCACCACAUCCUUCUAAUACUGCUAUGUAUCCACCUCAACAACAACAACAACAUCAACCCUUGUAUCCUCCACGUACGCCAAGUGCUCCUUAUCGUCCAGAGUCACCUUAUCCACCACGUCCAUCGUCACCUUAUCAUCAGGAGAAGCAUGAAUUGCAACCACCCAAUGACAAUGAUUAUCGUAGUUCUCCAUCAUCGGCACAUACAUCACCUCAUUUAUCGCCUCACAUGCCACAUCCAGAUGCCAUGCCAACACCCUUAUAUCCUCCACGACCUCAUCAGGAACCUCCACAACCACAACAACACAUGUAUCCACCUCCUGUACCAUCGCCUUCCAUUUCAUCCGAGAUGCUUAUGCCUCAUAGUGGUGGUGAUCGUCCUCCACCUCCUCCUGCUUCUUCUUCUUCACCAUCACCAUCACCAGCCAUGCCCAUGCCAAUGCCCAUGCCCAUGCCUAUGCCUGGUGGAAAUCGAUAUUAUGCAUUUCAACCUCAAAUCUCGUAUCCACCUCCUGGCUAUGCUCGUCCACCCGCUCAAGACUUUAUUAGUCGUUUCAGAUCAUCCACUGUUCAACCCUCUUCAGUAUUGGAAGCUGAGCAUGCUGCAAGAAAAGAGCUUCGGGAGCAGUUACUUCGUAAAGAUAGCACAAGACAACAUGCCACGGAGGAUUCAAGUGAUGAAGAACAAGAAGAUGAAGGAGGUCUUGAGAGCAAGCCUUUACCACCUGCUCCAUCUGAACAAGGCGUAGUCCCCACAGGAUCCGAUGAUGAUGAUGAUGAUGAUAGAGUACUAUUCGAGUCGACGGAUCCAGCUCUACUUUCGGUGGUCGCCAAGAUGUUUGCAAGGAGUAUCAAGGAGGUGGUUCGUUUGCGUCAACUUAGUUUUACCGAUGAGUAUCCUAAUGCAUUUACGGGUCAAGAAGCCUUGGAUACAAUGACGCAACUUUUGCAAAGCCAAUAUCCAGGAAAUGAACACAUGCGGGAAUAUUGUUUGGGCCUAUUGACCGCCUUGCACAAUUCUUCACCCAAACGACUCUUGGUAUCGGUGGAUCCCUUCAACAAGGUCAAACGACAAAUUGUACAAGGUUCUGCUGAAGAGACUUUCCAAUUGAAGAGCACUCGUGUGGUUGGUGUUUAUACUCCCAUGACUCGGUGUUAUGUGAACGGAUGUAAACCUGGUGAAGGUUGUUAUGCACCCCGUUGUCCCAACAAAGCGAGUGUACAAGAACAAGAGACUGAGGAUGCCUUGGCAAGAAGUGUCUCCCAAAGAACCAUUGCACACAGUGAAGGGAUGCAAGUGGCAGAGACAUGGGGUCAGCGUAUGGAUCCUGAAUUCUAUCAAUCCGUGGAUAAGCGUGAGCGUGAUCGUCAAGAGGCCAUUAAUGAAAUCAUUUAUGGUGAAGAGCAAUAUCUCAAGGAUCUCGAAUUGUUGCGUGAGGGAAUUAUUGAUCCAUUGAAAGAAUCUCAAGUGAUUGAUGAAGCCGAAUGGGAAUUCUUUGCACGAGAUGUGUUCAACAAUCAUGUCGAAUUGGAGCAACUCAGCAUUAAUCUCUUUAACGACUUGUACGAGCGAUUCAAGGAACAUGAGGAUGGAUGUAUUCCUGGCAUUGGUGAUAUUUUGCUCAAGCACCUUGAUCAUUUCCGUGACCCCUAUGCUCUCUAUGUACCCAAUGUCAAUCUUGCCGAGUAUAUUGUGGCCGACUUGAAGCGAUCCAAUCCAGCCUUUAAUGAAUUCUUGACAAGUCGACUUUCCGAUCCACGACUCAACAGACAACCUUUCCGCCACUUUUUGCUUCGGCCGGUUUUGCGUCUACCACGCUAUCCACUUUUGCUGCAAGCAUUGAUGAAAAAGACCGAUAAGGAGGAUCCUGAAUACGAGAUACUCGCUCAAUGCAAUGAAAAGAUUGCCCAAGUGUGCAAGUUGUGUGAUCAACUCACGGCCACGGUGAAGACGCGUGUUGAGAUCCUUCUUUUGAAUAACGCACUCACGUGCCGUCAAGGCGAAUUCUACGAUCUCAAGCUCACUGAUCCACAACGCAAGAUUUAUUAUCGUGGCGACUUGAAAUUGGAAAAUUUGGGUCUUGACAUUGGUGAAAAGUUCAUCCACGUGAUUGUGUUUGACCACAUUGUGCUGCUUACCAAAGCUCGCAAGACAAGUGAUACCACCGAAUACAAGAUUUGGCGUCGUCCCAUCCCAUUGCAAAUGUUGCAUGUCCAAGGCAUCGAGAACGAUUUCACAUUGCCAUCACAGCUAUCCAUGACGAGCAGCUCAACGUAUGCCAGCUUGAAACCAUCACUCACCAUGCGUAGUGAAAACUUGUCACUUGUCCUCACGCAUCCUGGUCGCCAUGGAGAGACAUACUACUUGCAGUGUGCUAGUCAACAAGAAAAGGACCAAUGGCUAUUUGCUCUCAAGCAAGCACGUAGUGACCUCAAGCAGCUGGUGGAUGCAUUCAAUAUCAUCAGCAUGGAGAGUACCUUUUUCAGAGAUUAUGGUGCUUCUUCUACCAGUGAAGGCUGUGGCAAGGUCACUAGCACCGUGCCAUUUGUGACCGAGAACAAUGUCGAGAUGUUGGCUAUAGGCACAAGUGUGGGUGUCUACUUUAAGCCAUUGAAGGGUGGACGUGCCCGGCCAAUCCUCUCUUUGCGGAAUGUGACACAACUUGGGGUGAUGCAGAAAUAUCAGAUCCUCUUGGUACUUGCAGAUAAAAUGUUAUACGCUUAUCCAUUGGACGAGCUUACUUCACCCAAAAACAGCAAAGCACCCGAUCGAUUAGCACAUGAAAUAAGCGAGCCUGUUCACUUUUUCCAAACCGGUGUGUGUCAUGGUGUUGAACUUGUGGUCUAUGCCAGGCAAAAGACCGUAUACACCAUUUUCACAGCGCUUAAGCCUAUCCGCUCUAUUGGAUCCGAAAGCCGAUCGCGAGGUAUUAGUCUUGGCCAUCGAGGCUUCUUCCGCAGCCAUAGUUCCAAAUCACCUUGGUUCGAAGAUUACAAGGAAUUCUCGGUAGGAGCUCAAGCUGUGAAUAUCCAUUUCUUGAAAUCCAAAUUUGCUGUGGUGUGCGACAAGGCCUUUGAGAUCAUCGACCCUGAAGAUUUGAGCAGCUCUCGCAGUAUCCCCAAUGAACAAGAUCCUCAAUUUGACUUUUUGGAACAAAGAAGCGAUGGAUUGAGACCUUUGGCCAUGUAUCGUAUGCAAAGCAAGUUCCUGUUGUGUUACAACAAGUUUGCAUUUUACGUCAACAACCGUGACCAAUCAUUGGUUCCGCGUGACGAAACAUCGGCACUAUUGUGUGAGUGGGAAAGUCAUCCCGACAACAUUGUAUAUCAUCACCCCUAUGUGAUCGCCUUUGAUCAGCGAUUCAUUGAAAUACGACAUGUGGAAACUGGUGAUCUUGUUCAAAUGAUACCAGGCAACGAUUCACGCCUUACUUAUUAUAAUGGAAAUGGAUACCUUGUCGGAGAACCAUUGGUCAUUCAGGGUUGCAUUGUGCAUAGUAGAAACCAGCAAUUCCAAGACAUCUUUUACCUGGAACCUAACAAAGAGCUGGAGGAACAACAACAACAACAGCAGCAGCAGCAGUAG